CCCUGUUGUCAUACUUAGUGAGGCUUGAGUCGAGGCUCCUGCGCUCAGCGUGAUAAAGAUCGGCUGAUUGAAGUCGCCAUGGCUUCUGAUAACGAGAACGAGGAAUGUGAGAGCCUCAUCGAACACUAUAGGCAGAGGUUGCGAGAGCUUAUCAGAGUGGAUCAGGUUCUGGAUCAUAUAGAUUUCAUCGAAAUCGGCCAAAAGGAGCAGAUCAAACAGAAGGCGAGAAACGAAGGGUGUGAAUGUGCAGCGGAAUACAUGCAAUCCAAUCCCCCAGAGCCUGCAGUGGAGGCCGAAAAUGAUCAACGUGUCAAGCUCAUUGAACUACUCUCACCAAGUCUUCUGAACAUGAAGACUGAUGAGGUGCAGAUGAAAUGUUUCUCCCGAGAACUACUCACCCAGGAGGAUAGUGAGAUUAUUAUUUCCACAACAACACAACGAGGAAACAUAGCUGGAGCACGUGAACUUCUGAGUGCUAUCGUGAAGGGUCGAAAAGGAUGGUUCUCUGAGUUUCUCGAGGUUCUGCGUGAAACUGAUCACAAGGAACUGUACGAGCUGACUGGAGGGUCACCUGACUCUGACAAGAAAGGCGCCGAAGAGAACCUGCCUUCAGUGAAAGAUGAGAUUGAAGCUCCAGCAGUGGCCGAAUGCAGUGAUAGCCUACAGUUAUUGGACAUCAACGUUAUGGAGGAGUCUCAGGAUGAAGCAGACCUGUACGAAGAAGCUCCUGAAUCCAAUCAACUGCCAACAAGCUCACAACCAGGUCUUGGAGCAGCAGCUGGAGGUCCAGAAAUAGCUGAUAUUGUUCUUCGAGAUUAUCAGAUGGACGUCGCUAGACCUGCCUUGGAAGGGAAAAACAUCAUCGUGUGCCUCCCGACAGGAAGUGGUAAAACCAGAGUUGCAGUUUACAUUACCAAAAAACAUCUGGACCACAGGAGGGCAAAAGGGCUUUCAGGGAAAGUGGUCGUCCUGGUGAACAAGGUUCCUCUUGUUGAGCAGCAUUACUCUGCAGAGUUCUUGCCAUUUCUGAAGCAGACGUAUAAAGUGGAGAGAGUCAGUGGAGACUGCCAGCUCAAAAUCUCAUUCACAGAGAUAGUGAAGAAAAAUGACGUCAUCAUCUGCACUGCCCAGAUCCUUGAGAAUUUCUUGGAGAGGUCUAACAAAGGAGAGGAUGAAGGGGUGGAGUUGAGCGAUCUGACACUGAUCGUAAUAGAUGAGUGUCACCACACUCAGAAAGGAGGAGUCUACAACCACAUAAUGAUGCGCUAUCUGAUGCAAAAGCACAAAAACAAAAGGCUGAAAAAAGAGCAGAAGAAGCCCAAGCCCCUCCCUCAGAUCCUGGGCCUGACCGCCUCACCGGGUGUUGAUGGUGCCACAAAAUUGGACAAAACUGUGGACCACAUACUGCGCAUUUGUGCAAACUUGGAUGCUUCCAGAAUCAUGACGAAGGGCCUUGGGCAGUACCAAAGGGAACCAAGGAAAAUCCUUUGUCCUGUUGAAGACAGAAAAGAGGAUCCUUUUGGUGAUGUAAUCAAGAACAUCAUGAAUUCCAUUCACACACAUGCUGAGCUGAGCCUCACCUCUGAGUUUGGCACUCAGAUUUAUGAACAGUGGGUUGUCCAAAAAGAGCGAAUAGCUGCAACAGAGGAAAAUCAGAAAGUGCGGAUUUGCUCUGAGCACCUUCGACAGUACAACGAGGGCCUGAAACUCAGCCACACCAUUCGCAUGCAGGAUGCUUUCAGUUUCCUGAACAAAUACCACGAGGAGGAGAUAAAGAAAAAAAUAAUACCAGACGAGGAGCAUGUCAUGCAAAGUACCGAUACUGAGAGAUUCCUCUGCAAUCUGUUUAAAGAGAAGAAGGAUGAGCUGGAGAUGCUCGCAUCAAACCCAGAGUAUGAAAAUGAUAGCCUGUCGAAACUAAGAAGCCAAAUCCUGCGUGAAUUCAGCAGCAGGGAGGAGGCCAGAGGGAUAAUUUUCACCAAAACACGUCGCAGCGCCAUUGCUCUAAGUCAGUGGAUUCAGGAAAAUCCCAAGUAUGCUGAUGUCGGAGUGAAAGCCGCACAUAUGAUUGGGCAAAGUGACCAGAGUGCUGUUAAGGCAAUGACCAAUGCAGAGCAGAGGGACGUACUGAACAAAUUCCGCAAUGGUGAAGUCAACUUGUUGAUUGCUACCACCGUCGCAGAGGAGGGUUUGGACAUACCAGCGUGCAAUUUUGUUAUGCAGGCCGUGCCCUGA